UUAGAAAAGUAACCAUCUAAUGCAAAAUAUCUCUGAUUUGUGAGUGAUGUUGGCCAUAUUAAAGUACAUUCUAGGUGCUUGAUACAGUUUAGGCCAAAAUAAAAACGGGAAGCCAUGAUUUAGCAUGAAGUCAUUGAGACAUGAAAAAAUGUACAUUAAAUGCAAAAGGGAGGUAAUAGGUGAUCCAAUCAAGAACCCCUUCUGACCAACAUUUAAUUCGAGUUGCUAACCAACACUGUCACUACUCUUGUCUGCAACCAAACUCUUAUAAAAAAUAUGUAACUAAGCUAAAAGGAUAACAAACAAUUUUCCAAGAAUUACCAACAAUUUGAAAGAGAAUAAUUUUUAUAAAUAGCAACUAUGAAUCCAUUCACAACUUCCACAGCAGCUUGUUCUACUCCAUUUUCCUAUGCUUACAGUUAGUACAGUUCUGUACUAAAAAACCAUGUCAAAGAAAACUGUUGUGUCAGUGGAACUACUCUGUUCAAAGUGCAGACAGAAGGUCAUGAAGUUAAUUGGUGCAAUAGAAGGGAUAACUUCUGUUGUUCUUGACCCUUCAAAAAAUACUGCCACAGUAAUUGGAGAAGCUGAUCCAGUGAAAAUUAUCAAACAGGUGAGGAAGUUCAAAAGAUCUGCAAUGAUUGUGAGUAUAGGUCCUCCCAAGGAAGAGAAAAAGGAUUACACGUCCGUGUCCUCCCAAGUCCAUAUUCAUAGCCUUCCCAAGAUCUGUCAGGGUUGUGAUGCCUGGUAUGUGGUCGGUGAAGAUUAUCAUAUAUGUUCAAUUCUGUAACUAAGAAACCCAUGUCUCAUGGAUCUCUGUAUUCAUUACGAGUUUAGCUCAUGUAGUUCAGCCAUUUGAACAGAUAAAAUUUUUCUCCUUUUCCUGUUUGC